AUGCUAGACGAUGAUAGAGAAUAUAUUGAUGCAAUUAAUGAAGCAAGUCAUUGGUCAACUGCCAAUUCUAUGAGAAAAUUAUUUGUCAUUUUACUGACGGCAAACUUGGUGAAUCGGCCAGAGAAUGUCUGGAAUCACGUCUGGCACCAUCUAUGUGAGGAUGUGCAAUUUAACAAGAGGAAAAUGUUGAAAGAUAUGGAUUUGUGUUUGUCUGAUGAUGAGAAGAAGAACUUAGGACUUCUUGAAUUAGAUAGGUUGUUGCAGAUGUACAACAAGUGUUUGAAAGAUUACCCUGAUAUGCCAAUCCCAAAUUACGAUGAUUCUUUAUUCUCGAACAAUCGAUUGUUGUUUGAUGAGCUCAACUAUGACCGACAGGCAAUGACAGAAGAGUAUGAGACGAUGGAAAAACAAUUAACUGAUGAGCAGUUAGUUGUUUACGAAACUGUUCUGAGUGAUAUACAACAUCAGAAAGGGGGGCUCUUCUUUGUAUAUGGUUAUGGAGGUACAGGAAAAACAUUUGUCUGGAAAGCGUUGUCUUCGAAGCUACGUUCUACUGGGGAUAUUGUGCUAAAUGUUGCUUCGAGUGGGAUCGCCUCAUUGCUCUUGCCAGGAGGUCGAACAGCUCACUCAAGGUUCGCUAUUCCAAUAGCAAUUAAUGAGGAUUCAACUUGCAAUAUAUGCCAAGGGAGUCAACUGGCGGAAUUGUUAAUCCAAGCCAAGCUAAUCAUAUGGGAUGAAGCACCGAUGAUGCACAAACACUGCUUUGAGGCUCUAGAUAAGACAAUGCGCGAUCUGUUACGCCACUGUGAUCCUAACAGUGUACAUAAAUGGAGGCAACGUGUCGGCAUUGGCAAGACUGUUGUGCUAGGCGUGACUUCCGGCAAAUAUUGCCUGACACUUGAUGAUUCAGCCAGAAAGGAACACAUUGAACGAUUUGCUGCGUGGUUGGCUGAUAUAGGAAAUGGAAUAUUAGGUGGUCCUAAUGACGGUCACGGAAAAGUUGAAAUACCAGAAGAAAUGUUAUUGCCAUCAAAUGGUGACUACAUCUCUACAAUAGUUGAUACUAUUUUUCCAAUGUUUAGGCAGGGUGGGUCUAACUUACAACAAAUGGAGAAUCGUGCCAUACUUGCUCCAACACUAGAUGUGGUAAACGAGGUCAAUGAAUAUAUGAGUGGUUUGCAUGUGCUGAGAGCAAGACCUACCUAA